UUUCGCCAAUUCGCGUUAUCUUUUCGGAGGCAGUCUUGAAAGAAAACGAGACGAGGAAGCAAGCACAAGAAGAGGCGGCUGUCGCUGUGCUGCGACGAAACCGUUGAUUGAUUAUUUGUGUGCUUCAUCAGUCCAUAUCUCAGUUGCAGUCUCCCAUUUCACCUUCACCGGCGCCGGUCACUGCUCGGAAAAUGGGAAGGAGCCUAUCUCUACCUUCCAACCGUUUGUGUAAAUGCGGCUUUCAGUAGUAUUUAGCUACAGUCGUUGAGAUUGGACGGACGGACGGAAGGCCGGCCGGCUCAAUUUCAGCUAUCAGCGUUACAUCUUUGUCUGAAUGAGCUCUCAUCAAUGCCUUCAUUAGAUAUUCCUACUGCUCAGACUUCGUUGAACAACCAUCUGCCACCUCUGGCUCCGAGGGCCCGGCUUCUUCCUCGUUGUCAGGCCUUUUCAUCCCCAUUCAUUCCUGCUGUUGAUGAUGCGAGACUGCUCUCCGUCUGGCAAUCUUUCCUCCCGCUCCCGCCUCUAAGGGUGCACCACGCUUAUCAGCCACAUAAGUUUCUCAUCAAGGCAGUUGCGGCAACCCUCGAACCAAAGGGACUGGUCUCGAGGGAACCGGGAGAUGGGGAUCGAGCUCAAUGUGACACUCAUCUCGACUUCACUUCAGGGCUUUCCACAUCUUUUGAUGACUCUGAAACUGCAGAUUUGGAUGAGAGAGAGAGGCUGAGACGAAUGAGGAUCUCUAAAGCUAAUAAAGGAAAUGUACCUUGGAACAAGGGCAGGAAGCACAGUCCAGAAACCCUUCAACGCAUCAGGGAGAGAACGAAGAUUGCAAUGCAGAAUCCUAAGGUGAUGUCAUUUGUUGUUACAGUUCCUGAUAGAAACUCUUUUAUGCAGAUAAAAAUGAAGCUUGCAAGCCUUGGACAUGCUCAGAGCAAAGAGACAAGACUGAAAAUUGGCCAAGGAGUGCGAAUGGGAUGGGAAAAGCGUCGUGACAAGCUAAUGGUGCAAGAAACUUGUUAUUUUGAGUGGCAGAACUUGAUUGCAUCAUCUUCAAGGAUUGGCUGUGUUGACGAGGAAGAGCUGGAAUGGAAUUCUUACAGUAUCUUGAGUAAACAGCUUGAAACUGAAUGGGUAGAGAGUAUUGAAAAGCGGAGAGCAACUCCUAGGACAAAAGGCAACAAGAGGGCACCAAAAUCCCUGGAGCAAAGAAGAAAGAUUGCAGAAGCCAUUGCUGCCAAAUGGGCUGAUCCUGCAUACCGAGAUCGAGUUCGCUCUGGCCUGGCUAAAUAUCAUGGUGUUGCGGAAGGAACCGUGAGAAAGCCAAGGCGAAAGCCAGUUGGCAGCAGACCAUCAACCAAGAGGGACAGUUCAAAAAAGAAAGCCAGUGAAACAAGCAGUUCUUGUGGAAGUGAUGCCACGAGCUCUACACAGGUCAUGAAACAGCGGAACAGUACAACCCCUUCUUACAAGGAUCCUUUAGCCAGGUCCAAGUUGAAGAUGAUAAUGAACAUCAGGGCACAAAGAGCCGCCGUGGAAACUAAAAAAACUGAAGCCAUUGAAAGAGCAUGGUUAUUAAUUGCUCAAGCUGAGAAGGCAGCUAAGGUCCUUGAGGUUGCUGCAGCAGAAAGCCCGAUUGCACGAGCUUCUCUGGUAGAGUCUAGAAAGCUUAUAGCAGAAGCAAUUCAAUCCAUUGAGUGUGUUGAUCGAGGGGAUGUUGAUCUUGCAACAACCGAACUGUCCGAUGAGGGGAAGGAAGUUGAUGAUGCUGGUGGGUUGCCAGGCUCUACCAGACCAGUGUUCGUAAAUGGGGGAACGAAAACAGCUUCUGCAACGUGUGCUGAAGAUGGGGAAUUGAUCAACUCGAGUAGACUGGAGUUCCAUGGUAAGUAUUGCAGCCCGCAUCAGGUGUUCGAUUUGGCGAGUCUCGUCGAGACACCAGAGGACCACUGCCAGCGUGAAGUGAACGGGAAUCUCAAAUCUGCAACGAGUGUCCGGCCUAAUGGUUCCAAAGUCGAGCUGCACGAGAGUGAGGAGAAACCUUUAGAUUUGGUGGCCGGGGUGACUGCGAAGAGAUGGGUUCGCGGAAGACUUGUUGAAAUGGUACCAGGAGGUCGAAUGUAGUAGUAGUAGUAGUCGUUGGAAGAGUUUAUUAUCUGAUUAGAGUUUGGCCUGAAUCUGAUUAGAGUUUGGCCUGCUUGUUGCCGUCGAAGAACAGAUUCACUGAAUUCGUAGAUUUUAUAGAAAAUGUUUUCUUUGUUGUUUUUUUAUUCUAUAUCUUGAUUCGUAUUUUUUUUCUCCUAGUUUUUUUUUCGUUCCUUUUAUUUAUUUAUCACAUGAAAUAUAUUUAUCAACAAAGUUUUU